AAUUGAAGAGAACUCUCCAUUUGAUUAAAGUUAAAUUGUUAUUUACUUCACAAUGAGUAUACAAGCUCUUUGGAUUGUAAGAAAUCGCCCAGUAAGCAAAACAAACGAAGAAGAUGUUGUUUUAUUCUCUAGGUUAUAUCAAACAUAUAUCAGAAAGUCAAAGGAAUUGGAUGGUGCCCAAUAUGUUAAAAUUCCUAGCAACCCAGAACUAGCUAAAGCUCUCAUGUUUGAGCUGGGGCACACAGCAGAUGAAUUCUCAAAAUUUGUACAGACUCGUGACAGCUGUGAGAGGAUUGAACAGAAACCUGUGUAUGAGAUCAGCACAAAAGAUGGAAAACUUUGGCCGCUAGUUGUUGUAGAACAGACUGGUUUAGUCUUAUGCUGCUUACCAUUUGUAAAACAGGGAACAAAAACUAGACCACCUCUUAUAGAUAUACCUGGCGUAACACUUGGUUUUACCUUGCUGUGUGCACUGGGAGAUUUUUUGAGGAACACACCAAUUUCUGAU